AUACGUUUGUAACAACGCCCCGAAUAUUAAAAUAAUACACAAAUACAGAACCCCUGGCCCCGGAUUCAACUACCAGUAUUAAAAACUGACAAUAAUAAUUGCAAUAACAAGAAUAACCGGAAAUACUAUAAAUAGCAUUUUCGUGUUUAAAGAUAUUACUAAGACUGAAGACUUGAUAAACACGGCACACAAGGACAUACUAACUUAACUAACUACUUUAUAAGUUUUGCCUUAGGCUUAGGAAAAUGGAUGUAGGAUCUGUGAAUGUAAGGCGCAUUUCUCCCUGCUCGUUGAGGGCUAGGUUAAUUUUCAGCAUUAUUGGAGUUUUUGUUAGUGUCUCUGUCGGCAUUGUUUUCUGUACCCACUAUAAAAACUACAACACUGGUUUAUGGGGCCUACUAUCAGGUAAGUAACGUUAGAAAGUUAAGUUCUGAAUAAUAGAUAUGUAUAACAUAACUUAAUGGAAAUCAGUGCCAUUUAUUUUAACUUUAACAUGGACAUGUUUUUGAAAUUUAAUAUUUGAACUAUUUUAAACCGACCUAUUUAAUUUUUUAAUAUUAGUGACAUGGACAUGAGGGUGGGAGGGGGUAAAAACGACAACGACAUUCAUGACGACAUACUAUCACUUUUUACUUUACUUUUACUUUAGGUUUAAUGGACGACUCCUACGCCUACUACUAAUACUAAUGCCAAUGCCGCUAACUAAACCAAGGACCAAGUCAAAUACAUUUUUUUUUAAAGUCAAGUUACAAAUUUUGGAGCCUUAUUUAAUUUGAUAAAAUAACUUAGGCUAAUAACUAAUAACCAUAUAUAUAUUAUUAUAUAUUAUAUUAUGUAUAAUCAAUCAUAAUAUGUAUUUGUUAGUUAUUUAUCAUUUAUGGUAAUCCCAUUACUAUAUUAUAUUUACAGUACAGUUAUUUAUUAAUUACUGGUAGUUAAAUUAUGGAGUGGUCCAUUAAUUACAUCAACAGUUUUUAAGCAAUGUUUGAUCCCUCCCCCCACUUGUCAACAACUGUCAAACUUUCAAUGACCCCCUAUUUAAGUAUGUCAACAUUUUCUAAACCCCCCCCCCCAAAAAAAAAAGGAUUUAUAAUAUUAAUAUAAAUGUAUAAAUACAUUUUACUUUGUGCUGAUCUAUUUUAAUGACAAUAAAAUUGUAGUAAAAAUACUUCAGUUGUUAAAGACUAAAUAUCAAUUUUUGUGGUAUAUAGAUGAUUAUUGUCAGUAAAGCUAACAAUUAUAGUAAAGUUUCUAGCUGCUAUCAUCUUCCCAAGGAUUAGCCAAGUUUUUUCUAACAAUGGGCAUCAGGGACAUCAUUUGGGUAGGGCAGGGGGGCAUUUACCACCCCUUAAUUUGCAGGUUUGAUUUAAAUUGCUAUGUUCUGUGGCGCCUCCAGUAAUGAACAGCUUAACAAGCCGACCAAGUUUUGGUUUUGCCCCCCCCCCCCCUUGAAAGAAACAUGUAAUGACGACCCUGAUGGGCAUAGUCUAUAGCAGCUGGUUGAUCAUUUUGAUCUUGCAGCAGUGAUAUAGGCCUACCAGACAAGUCAACAUUAUCCUCAUUGACCUCAUCUAUCCAUUUUUCACUUAAAAUAAAAGCAUUGUUGGUGUGAACAAUAAUUCCCAUAAGCUAUAUCUAUCUCCUUGCAGCUACUCGCAUUGGUCAAAUCUUUUUUUGUUGAGGAGUAGGUGCUUAUUUCUAAUGCUCAAGAGGGCAUUUUCGGUUCUGUUGAACAUGCUUUUUCAACAUGACUUGUGAUACAAAAUAAAUGUUACAGAUUUUGCAAAUCCGUUCAAGCAGCAAUGUUAUUAUUGUUACUCACUUUACAUUCACCUAAUUCUCAAAAUAUCGUAUUCCUAUUCUAUCGUUAUCAUUUAUCUUGACUGCACAUGACUUGUGAAUCUUGUCCUUGUUCCAUAACUGCAAUCGAAUCUACAGGUGAAGAGAGGCCAACUUUUGACUUCUCUUGCAACAACAAAGUGUGCUAACAUUCUGACCAGCCAUCUGCAGCGCACAGACACACAUUAAAUAAAUCUUAUAUUGUUAAAAACCUAAAAAUUAUAUGACUAUUUGCACUCUUAACAUUUAUAAAUUUUUUUUAAAUAAUGUAAUAACCAGUCAAUUUUUAAGAUUAAAAUUUUAUUAGAGAAAACAUGAUUGUUGACGUCAACUAAUCUAACCCUCCCUCCCCCUUGUGAACAACUGUCAAACAUUUCCAAACCCCCCUCUCCCCUUCCUAUUUUGUUGACGUAAUUAAUGGACGCCCCUAUUAUACUAUAAUUAUACUCUUUUAUAAUUAAAUAAAUAAUAUAGGCCUAACCCAAUGUCAAUGAUAUUUAUUAUUUUGUUUCCUAAUAUAAGAUACAUUAAAUUAAUCUCAGUCUCCAACAAUUUUACAAAAAAAAUUUCUGGGUGCAGGGUAGCUCAUAAUCUAACUGCUUGGCCAGUGGUUCCCCAGCCUCCUAAUGCCGAGACCCUUUAAAACAGUUGCUCAUGUGGUGGCGACCCCCAACGACAAAAUUAUUUUCGUUACUACUUCAUAACUGUAAAGCAUAUGUAUUUUCCGAUGGUCUUAGGCGACCCUUGGAAAAGGGUAAUUCGACCCCCAAAGGUGUCAUGACUCACAGGUUGAGAACCGCUGUGCUAGGCAGUAGUAAAAACUGAACUGAAUUAAAACUAGGCUCAUAGAGAUAAAAAAAAUAAUUUUUAAUUAUUAUUUAUAUUGGUAUUUACUGAAGUGCUACUAAGAUAUUUUUAGUUAAAAUUUUAAGCAAGCAUGAAAAAUAUCACAAAUGCAAAAAUUACCUCUUUUUUGCAACUGUCAUGUUAAUAUAAGCCUAAUGAUGUCACGCUAUUCCCCCCCCCCCCUAAACCCCAGUCUGCAUUGUCACAAAAUUGAAACAAAACUUGACACUUUAAUCGCACAUCAUUACAAAUUCAUCAUAAUCUACACACGGGUCAUGACAUCGUUUUUUAUGGAUGGCCCAACUGUUAUCUACUGAAGCCUGAUUUUUUGGGCCAUUCAUAAAAUGAUGUCACGCAUCAGGUGUGGGGCGUCCAAAACUUUCCAUUAUCAUAUAGAGCAGGAUGGCAUUUAUGGAUGGUUCCUUUACAGAAUUUUACUGACUUAUCUAUUUAUGUCAAAUGGUCAAAUGUCUCUAAUUUUAAUUCAUAAAGUAGAUAUAAAAAUCAUUCAGGGAAAAGCAGUCUUUUUUCGAAAGAGUCUUACAGUGUUACACCAGUAUUAAGAAUAGAUUUAUUAAUCUAUUAUAAUAUAAAUUAUUACAAUUUACACUAUUUUUUCCUAAUUGUAUGUUCUCUUUAUGAAUGCAUGUUAUUAUAUUUGGAGCUAGCAUUUUUUAAUAUAAAAUUUUAAAAAUUGAACUUACUAUCCUCAGGAAUUGCUGCAGCAAUAGCUUUGGGUGUCACAAUAGCCUACUAUAAACAAGUUUGGGACUCAAACCCCAUACGUUUAAAAUCAUUUAUGCUGACUGGAUGUUUUAUACAACUGACAGGGGUCUGUGGAUUUGUUGCCUAUUUGGUCCUGGCAAUAACUAAAAAUCAAGGCAAGUAAAUGAUUAACAUUGAUGGAACGUUUUAAGCUGGUUGUAUAUUCAUAGCAGAGAUAAAUGGGUGUGGCCAUCCCUAUGACAAGGCACAAGGUCCUGCAUAUUUAUUUUCAUAAGAACAUUUAUACAUCUUUUUUUUGUUUAUUUUAAAGCACAGAGAAUAUUCUUUAUUCCAAGACGAUGCCCUUGAUUUAUAAAUCAUGAUGAUAAACAGCUGGAACAACGAUCAAAUUAUGGCAUGAAACUUUCUUGUCUAGUAUCUUGCUUAUUAUAAUUAUAUUUUUGUUGUUGUGUUGUUACAGUGGUAACAACCUGUUAAGAUUCUAUGAUUUAUAACUGUCUAAAUUCUUGCAAUUUAUGAAAUUUUCCAGACCCCUCCCCCUUUUUCUUUUCUAUUCCUGCUCCAUCUGUUGUACUAGUAUGUAUUAUGUAUGAAAAAAUCAGCCUAACCUGUCGCCAAUAUUAUUAUUAUGCUAAUAUUUAGCUGUCCUCUCUAUGAAAUUUUUCAUUUCUAAAAGUGAGUGUGUGCUUGGUGAAACUUUUAAGUAAGGCAUUGUGAGGGUUAAAUUAUAUAUGUACUGUUAUGUAAAUCUCUCUUAAUUAACUAACAUUAUGGCUAAUGUUUCUGUUACAGGCUUAGUUGUUUAUGGUGAAGGCUAUUACUUAACCUGUGUAUGGUGCUUCAUGACUUGGAAGUGGGGUUUUGCCUUGUUGUUGUACUCAAGAAGUUUUCUUCGCUCGUAUGCUGAACAAGAGCAAAUCCUUGAUGCUGAAAGUUCAGUCGGUAAGAAGCCCAUGUACAAUGCAGUUAAAAGCUGUUGAUCUAGUAAAAUCUAGUUGUUUGUUAUAAAAAAAAAACAUUUAAAAUAUUAUUAAUAAUAUCCAAUAAAUCUUGUAAAAUAAAAUAACUUUGUCAAAUGGACUGUGAUAUAAAAUGUUGACCUAUAUUGUGUUGCCAAAUUUGUUAAAAGUUGACAAAUCUAGUUAUGGAAAAGCAAUACCUGACACAAUUGUUUGUCAUUAAUUUUUUGUAAAAAUUAUUGGCCACCAUAAUACUUAAAAAUCCUCUAUUCUCAUUUUGAUUUUUCAGCGACAAAAUAUAAAAACCCUUAGUCUGUUUAUUUUACUGGUAUUGGUACGGUAUAUAAUUUUUAAAGACAACCAAUAUUAUAAGUAUAAGCCAGUAAAACAGGAUCUAUAAACUCUCCGGGUAUUAAAAAAGUGUCCAAUGUAUAUAAAUUAAGAGUGAGUACCGUAUUCCAAUUAUAGUAUAAUUUUAACACAAAUGAUUUGUGUCAGUGUCAGUAACUUGUGGCGCCCAUGUUGAAAUUUCCAUUACCAAGAUGAAAAGUAAAAAAUAGAAUGUUCUGGGCUAUCUCGAUGUAAGAAAUGGUAUCAAUUAAGAACCAAAAUGAUGUAAAUAGUAGAUACUUUGGGUAGGGAUUGAAACAAUAUUUUUAUGUUCAGAAUUAAUAUUUACGGAGCCUGGUUAAGGUAUUUUUUAUAAAAUAAAUAUUUUGACUUUACACACAAUUAUAUCUUAGGUGGGAACUCUGUUAGUAUUAUAAUAAGUUAUUCACAAUCACUUUGGCUUUUAAUCUUUCCAAUAAAUAAAUCUUUUCUAUUUAUUGUUUGUGAAGUUCAAUGCCUGAGGAAAUGUGUUCAUAUUCAUAGCUUGUAUACUGGCAUUUCUUUUAAGCUACCUGUAAUGAAAAUGAGUUAACCAGAAUCAAAAAGGUUAUUAAUCAAAAAAGUUUAAUUUUUUUCAUUAUUGAUACCAGUAUCGGUAUUCAAAAUUGAAUAGGUCAAAAACUUCCUGGAAGCAUUCUUCAGCUAUAUCUUUAGAAUUAGAAAGGUGUGGGUUGUUUUUAUUAACAUUGUUCCACUUCCAGCCAAUGCAACUGUGAACAACACAGUUCUGCAUUUAUAGUAUAGUAUAGAAAUUUUACAAUUUUUAUACUGGUACAGUACCAGUAUGUAUACCGGUAUCAUACUACUUUUGAAACGUGAUCACAUUUCCAGCAUAAAAUCAUUACGCCGACUUAGAUCAAAUUUAUAAUCUUUUUUAAUGGAUCAAAUUUAAAAUCUUUUUAAUGAACCUUAAGUCAGCAGAAUUGUGUUUAAUAUAUGUGUUAUCUAUAAUUGUGUUAUAUAUGUUUAAAAAUUGAAUUUUAAUUAUUCAUUAGUGAAAUAUUUUUUAAAAUCUACAUAAAUAAGGCAUUCAGUUUAAAAAUUGCAUUUAUUUUAUUUUUUUGGCAAGCCAUUAUCCUGGAUGCAUGAUAAAUUGAGAACUAUUGAGUGAGUUUGGUUAGUGCUCAUCAUAAUGUUUAUGUAAAUGUAAGUAAACCGUGUGUACCGGUACUCAGUGCUAUCAUUGCUGUUAUUUUUUAUUCUUUAUAUAUUCUAAAUGCUUUUUUUACUUCUGAUUUUUAUGUAUUAAAAUUAUUAUAAAUACACCAUGCAGAAUAUGAGAUUGUUCCGCCAUAUCACAUGGAUUAUUGAACAAUGUACUCACCCCUUCUUGUUUUAAAUGAUUUAAAACAAUUUAAUACCGGUAUAGCCUGUCUUUUAUUUUUAAGUCUGUGAGUUUCCAUACUUCACUUGUAUUUAUCAUUUUAUACAUUUCAGCCUCCGGGCAUAGAUGAACAUUUUCUUUCAGGAAUUAACCAAUUAUAUAUUUUAAAUUAAGUUAGUGGUGAUGGAUGAUUUAUGUUGAUUUUUGCACAUUGAAAUGCUACAAAUAUCGAUUACCAUUAUUACAUGCUGAAAAAAAAUAAUUUAAAACAACUCCCAAACAACAUUAGGCCCAAGUUGUACGGUACGCCUAGUAACUCCUACUCAAUGGGUGGUUUAAUACCAUUUUAAUUUUUAUUAUACUUAUACUGUUACUUAUAUUAAAGUAAAUCAAAGUUUUAUUAUAGCUAUUUUUAUAUGCAAAUGGCUCCUUUACUUUACUCAGUUUACUCAGUGUUUUAUAUGAACAUGUCGCCUUCACUACCAAUGGUAGUGGUAGUGGUAUCAUUCAUUGGUGUUAAGUAUCUAAAAAUCUGACUCUGGCCAAUCAACCUAAUACUAAUACGGUAAUAACAAUAUGUGGUCAUCAGUAAAUUGAUAUAGGUGCCUGGGGGUACCUGGUAUGUUUUCUUUUUUAAUUCCUUUUGCUUGGCACAAACUGUCAUUGUAGACUCCUUGCCUUUAUGCCUGUAUGCAUAAAUUAUUGCUGUUGAAUUAUUGAAUUUAUUCAACUUUUGGAUCAGGUACAUAUAGUUAUAUUCAUAAAGCAUUUUAUUCUUAUGUGGUAAUUAACAAAUAUAUUGUUAAUUCAAUGUUUGCCAUGUAAUUAUUUAUUUUGUAAUAAUCAGUGUAUGAAAUUAUGAUUAAUAUUUAUUCUAAUUUACACUUAAUCAGUACUUUUUCAAACUUGUUGAGUUUGAUUUAAUUUUUACUAUAGUGUACCUGUACCGUAUCGUCAUCUGUGGCGCUACAGACCAUGUAGAGCCCUGGCCUGCUCCACCACAUCCUGCCAUACCGAUCCAUGGCUCUUAGCCUCCAUGCACUGGUUUAAGUUUGAGUCAUUAAGCCCUUCUCUACAUCAUCAAUCCAUCUCAGUCUCAGUUGACUGGUUAGCGGAGCUGUCUGCCCCUUUUAUCUAUCAAGAUGGUCUAAAUCUAAAUGUUUUAAAACCGUCACAUUACAUAUAUCAUAUAUCACUAUGGUUUUUUAGUACCGGUAUGAAAUUAGAAAAAAAAAAUUUUAAACUAAAAGUAAUAAACUUUUUUUUUUUUACAGAAAAAUGAGUACCGCGGUUACACAGUACAUGUCAG